UACUGUUCACUCAUUAAUUAGCCCACCAAAAUGUCUCAAUAUCCUCCGUUUAAAAACCAACUUCCUCUAUAACCACAAAAACUAUGUUACCGUAGAUGUUAGCCGGCGGCGACGACACCCAGCUCUGCCGACCGGAGCUGAGCGAAGCCGAGCCCACACCCCGAGUCCUCACCAUCUUAUCCUUCGUCUUGGAAAAGCUGGUGGCUCGCAACGACCAGCUUACAGGGCAGCCGUCGGAUGGGUUGGGGUUGGGGUUGGUCUCGGCUCGGUUCGGGAAGACACUGAAUGGGUUCCAUGGGGUGAGAGCGCCGAGUAUAAGCAUAGCCAAGUAUUUGGAGAGGAUAUAUAAAUUCACCAAUUGCAGCCCGUCGUGUUUUGUGGUUGGGUUCGUUUAUAUAGACCGGGUGGUGCAUAGACACCCUGAGUCGCUCGUGGUCUCCCUCAACGUGCAUAGGUUGCUUUUGACUAGCGUCAUGGUUGCCUCUAAGAUGCUCGAUGAUGUGCAUUAUAACAACGCAUUCUAUGCGCGAGUCGGCGGAAUAACCAACGUUGAACUGAACAAGCUGGAAUUGGAGUUGCUCUUCUUGUUGGAUUUCGGGGUUACAGUCAGCUCUCGGGUUUUCGAGAGCUAUUGCCUGCAUUUGGAGAAGGAGAUGUUGUGGAAUAACAAUGGCACAGCCCAGAAGGUUGAAAGGCCAAUAACAUCUAACUGUGUUGGCGAUGAGACCGAAAUAUGUGUGGAAUUGGAAUAGAUACACAAAGUUCUUCACCCCCUCAAAUAUAAUGGCAGAAAUAACUUGAUUUCAUUUACUUCUUUUCGUUUACUCUGUUUUUUUUUUUUUCCUUGGCUCCUUGUGGUCUAAUGGGAUGAUCUGAUUUUUGCAUUUUGAUUUGUUUCAGGUAAUGAUCAUGUUAACUGUAAAAGGAAAAAUACAGAACAAGGGAGGAAAAAAUUCAAUACUCCAUUAUUCUACUCUCAUUGUUAAAUGUACAACUCCAAUGAAGAAAACUUAUAAUUCCCUUGGAAUAAUAAAUAUUAACACAUUCUCGCAUUAUAAAAUUUUAAAUUUGUGUGGAAUUGUUAUAAAUAAUUUAUAAAUUACAUCUAUAUACAUUUUGACAUUUAACUGGAUUCCGUAUGAGUCUCAUGCAUUAAAUUUUGUCACAUAUUUUAUUUCACAUUGGAUACUUUUUGUUAUGGAUUAUCUAAUUAGGCGAAUUCAACACAUUAUCAGAUUCCAUGCAUAAAUCCUUUCACCAAAGUCAUUAAUAGGCACCCAUUCUGAUAUUUAACAUCAUCCAUACCACAUAGGCAAAUUAUAUACGCAUGUAUGGUGAUUUUACCAGAGGCAGAGA